AUGACAAUGCAGCCCAUGAUGCCGCAAGCAUUCGUGGUGAACAAUGCGUCGGGUCAGCAGCAGAACCAGAUGCAGUACGGCCAAAUGUACGGAGGCCCGGGCCAAGGGCAGCCGCAUCAAGGACAAGGUAUGGCGCAGCCUACCAUCGUCUUCAACCAAGCAGGAGGCAUGCCCCAGGGCGGCGUCAACAUGGUGCCGAUGCAACUGCAGAACCAGCAGGGGCAGAUGACAGGUGUGACAGCCGGCGGUGCCAUGCCGAAGUUUGGUGGACCGCAACAGCAGAUGGUCGUGGUCCCAAUGAUGCUUGCAAACACGGGCCAAUACGGCAACGGGCAGGCGGGUUUCAUGAUGCAAGGCCAGCAGAUGCCUCCACAGGGAGGGCCUCCUGGAGGGCCCCCGCAGGGCGAUGGGGGCCCAAACCCCAUGAUGCAGCAGGGAAU